AUGCAACAAUUUAACGAAUGGAAUGCCUGUAUCGAUUUUAUAACAGCAACAGACGAGAAUGAUGUUGUCUGUCUCGUAGUUAUCGCUGAAUAUUUUAAUGAUAAACUUUUGCCUUUACUUGAAACAAUUCAUCAACUCAGAUCGAUUUAUCUGUUAUGUGAUGAUAGUCACAAACACUAUGUUGAAUGGACAAAAUUUUCCCGAAAAUUAAUGCUAAUUCAGUAUAACAGUGAUCGCAAAUCCAUUCUUCCUCCGAUUUCAGGAAGCAUUCGUCAAAAGACCCAUGAAACAAUUGGUUUUCAAACAUUUCGUCCUCAAAAAGAUGAAGUCGUUGAUGCAUCUUUACUAAAUCGUCUUGAUGCAUCUUUUAUGUAUUCGCAAUUGAUGAAAGAGAUAAUAAUCGAUACUGAGGUGGAUUACGAUGAAGAGUACAUGGAUAUAUUCGCUAAUGCUUGUCGUGCUGAAAAUCAAGAUAAUCAAACUCAAUUAGAAAGCAUAAAUUGUUUUCGCAAUACAUACAAAGAGCAUCCACCUGUUUGGUGGUACACGAAGGAAUCAUUUCUUUACUCGACACUAAACAAAGCUUUACGAACACAAGACAUCACCACGAUAUUAAUGAUGGGAUUUUUUAUUCGCGAUCUUCAUCUACAAUUGAUUGAACUACAACAGACUGAGACGGAAAAUCAAUCUUUCUCAAUACUCUAUCGUGGACAAGGCAUGACAAUCGAUAAUUUUGAACGUCUACAUCAACACAUCGGCGGUCUACUUUCAUUCAACAACUUCCUCUCCACUAGUUCGGAUUACGACGUAUCACUGAUGUAUGCUAGUAGUGCCGCAGAUGAUUCAUCAAGUGUUAGUUAUUAUCCACAUGAAAAUGAAGUUUUGUUUUCUAUGCAUACAGUAUUUCGAAUCAAUGAUGUUAGCGAGAUCGGAGAACGUCUCUGGCAGAUCGAUUUGGAUUUUACUGAUGAUCAAGACGAACAGUUGAAUGUUCUUCUUGAACAUUUACGCUCGGAGAUUAGCAUUGCUGGUCUAUUAAAUGUGGAUAGACUAGGACAAUUAUGUUAUAGAAUGAGUGAUUAUGACGGAGCAUUACAGAUUUAUCAUACGUUACUUCAAUCGUUUUCCGAUAACUUUGUUUUGCUUUCUUAUGCUCAUCAACAUUUAGGUUUAAUUUAUCAACAAAUGGACCAACUCGAUCAAGCCAUUGUUCACUAUAAAAAAGUAAUCGAUAUUCAACACUCGUUCAAUGAUGAUCAGGAUAAAGAGCGCUAUUUAACAGUAACUUAUGCAAAUUUAAGUACACUCUAUACGAAAAAAGGAGACUUAGUUCAGGCCCGAAUGAACUGCGAACGUGCAUUGGCUUUAGUAUCGUCAACUAAAGAUAACAAGGAAAUUGAUCCGGUGGUCUAUUGUUAUCAUUUAUCGAAUUUGGCAUUUAUUCAGCGCGCUGAAGGUAAAAUAGAGGAUUCUCUAGAUAACUACAAAAAAGUGGUAGAGCUACGUCUGCAACAUUUACCUUCGAAUCAUCCUGAUUUAUCUAUGUCAUAA